ACAAUAAUAGUUUAUUUUCUAUGGAAAUUUUAGUCUAAACAUUCAUUAUUUAAUUAUUUUUCUUUAGUACAAUUUAAAGAGUAAUUAAUAGUGUUUUUAUUCCUAUAAAAUAUAAUAAUGCCACAAAAAAAAAGCCUAUUUAGUAAAUUUAUAAAUUUUAUAAGAAAAGUAUGUCAAACGAAGAAUAAAAAAAAUUGUGCUAAUAUCAAGAGAACAAAUGCAAAAGUUGCUGCGAGUGGAGACUCGUUACAUCCGAUAGUGCCAUCGAAGGGUACUACUGAUGAAAGGAAAAUUGAUAAGAUUCAAGACUUUUCAGGAGAAUCUAACCAGUAUCUUAUAAAAAAUGGUAGCGUACGAGUAAAACGCGAGAAUGGACAAAGAACUAUGGUCUACCAAAUAACCGACUUAAAGGAAUCAAUAAAACGUGAAAUUUUAAAUGACCCAAAAUUGGAAAUCAUCAUUCGAAAUCAGAUUCAAGAUUUAACGUCCGAAUUUAUCCAGGAAAUUGUUCAGAAUUGUUUAAGGGAGUCUACCGAUUACUUGAUCAAAAAUAGUAGUAGUCCAGAAAAAUGCAAGGAAGAAGAAAUAAAUAUGAACGAAAAACUAACCAAGUUAAAGGACUUAAGGCAAAUUAAUGAUUUUAUUCCUCUAGCUCCGUCACUAUUCCAAACUCUACCAACGCUUUUAAAAGCAGAUGAUAAUAUUAAAAACAAAAGUAAUAUUGAUAGACCAGCUUUACCAAUUAAUCUUAUGAAUGAAAUUAAACACGGUGUGGAAUUGAAGCCGGUAAAGCCAGUGGUCAAAGUAUUAGAAAAACCAAAUAUAGAUGAAAAAAGCCUUCAAGGAAUGAAUCCAUUGAAUAGUACUUAUUUUAUUCCUCCAGCUCCGCCACUUUUCCAAACUCUACCAACGCAUCCAAAAGUGGAUAACAAUACUACUAGCAAAGGUAAGAUUGAUAGACUCGCUCUACCAAUGAAUUUAUUGGAAGAAAGGAAACGUGGCUUCAAAUUGAAGCCGGUGAAGCCAGUGGAUAAAGUCAUAGAAAAAGCAAAGUUAGAUGAAAAUGAACUUGGAAGAAUGAACCCAUUAGAUAUGGCCAUGUUCCAUCGGAUAAAUAUGAUGUCGAGCAGUUCUAGCUCCGACUCUUCAUCAGAAAACUCGUCUCAAGAUGAAUGGGAUUAACCAAAUAAAAAUUAAUCGAAAAGAAAAACAUGGAUAAAUAAUAUUAUAAUUAAUAAGUCAACCGCUCUGGAGCAUAGUAGGAGGGUAAUCAAAAGGUGACUUAGAUGAGCUGAGGAUGCCGGUUUGUCUAAUGCGGACAGACAACUGGACACAAACGGAUCAUUCGUUGACUUUGUACUUACUAUGUUUUCAAAACCAGAAUCAUUAACCAAUUGCUAACUGCGACGUUCGAGGUUUUUGAGAGAAACUUUUUAAUUGCAUAUUUAAAAUUAUUAUCCAUACUAAUCUUUUCGAAUUUUUUUUUUUUUGUAAUCAAUGUAGUGUUAAGAUUUUUUCUAGUAAAAAAAUAAUUAAAAAUAUAAGGAGUUGUUUAAUUACGAUUUAUUUUACUUGUAUUUGAAUUCUAUUAAACU